AUGGUGAUGCCCCCAUCCCAGGCAGCCUGCCCUGUCCACCAGGACACCUCCUCCCUGAAGACCUCCAGGGUGAGCAACUGGAGGCACAGCACUGCCCUGGUGUCCAAAGCACUGGCCUGGCCGCACACUCAGUACCAGCAGAACGACAGAGGCCGCGCAGGGCAUGAAGAGAAUCCCCCUGUGUGCCCCACGCCGGCAAGAGAGGACGGCACAGUGCCCUCCUGUUCACCCUCCUGCGUGGGCCCGCGGCACGAUGGCCAGGGUGCUCCCCGGCACGAGCACGAGCCCCGAGGACCGGCUCUGGGGCCCGCGUCCACCAGGGAGGCCCGGGUCCUGAGUGCCGCCGGGGAUCCUGAGGCGCAACGGCCCGGAGCCCCAUCAGCCCCCAUGCAGGGCCGAUACGCUGCCCGGCGCUCGCUGCCGCCCACCCCACCAGCACUCCCGGAGUCCCUGCCCAGCCAGGCCCCAGGCUGGGGCUCAGCGGCGGCCCGGGAGGCUGAGGACCCGGUCCUCAAGGCGCUGGUGGACAGGAGCACAGCCAGCCCUCGGGCCUCAAAGGCAGCCGUGGGCGAGCGACGCCCGUGCUUCACAGGAGCGGCCGUGCUUUCCACGGUCCCGUGCUCCAGCCACGUGGGCCCCAAGCACCGGCCCUGGGGGCAAGCGUCGUACCGGCUCAGUUCAGCCUGGGACGGGCAGCAUUCAGAAAAGCCACACAGCCACACCAUGGCCGACAGGACCUCCUCAGCCAGGUCCCAGAACCCCAGAAUCUCCUCCCACAUCUCUGAAUCCACGAAGAACCAGUCUUACAUAAACGUGCCUCAGGAUUCGACCCGCGGGGACACGGGGCGCCCCGCCACCACCCUGCUCUGCAAGUCACGGAGCAGCCAGGGCCUGGUGCCCAAGGAGCACAAGACACUCAUGGAGGAAGCCCACAGCGCAGCCAUCUGCUUCAAGAUGCUCCGGGACCUGAAUAGUUCAGAACCCCUCCACCUGAAGUACAUCAUCAAGAAAAUCAAGAACGUGGCUCACGGGGACCCCAACCUGGUGCCGGAAACCAUCCAUGACUACUUUGUAGACAACCUGGAGAUCUCCGCCUGGCACAAGUUCUGGCUCUUCCACGUCCUGGAGGCUGUCAUUGGAGCCAGUGAGUCCCUGGAGGAGACCUGGGAAAAGACCUUCAUGCAGCUGGCCCUGGAGAACAUGACCAAGACCACGGAGCUGGAGGAGGCCCACCGGGACGCGGCCAGCAACGUGCUGGUGGCCAUCUGCAGGCACGUGUGGCGGCUGGUGGCCCGGCACCUGGAGACCGAGGUCCUGUCGGGCGUCUUCCCGCCCCGCAGCCUCCUCUACGUGAUGGGCGUCCUGACCUCUAACGAGGAGCUCUUCAAGGAGGGAGAGAAAGCUUGCUGGGAAGAGCAGCUGGCCCAGAUGGCCGUCAAGCCAGUCCAGUUUCUGAACACAGAAGUGUGGUCCAAGGAGCUGCUGGGGGUACUCAGCAAGCCCGACCGGACACAUCAGGAGCAACCCCUGGAGAAGGCCUUCCUGCUCAUCUACUCUGGGCUGAUCCUUCAAGCCGAGGAGAACAGCACCACGGUCAGGACACACCUGAGAACCCUCCUGGAAACGUCCCACCAGUGGCCCAAGCAGAGAGAGGGGAGGAGCUCUCACUGUGGGGCUGCCGCAGCCCGCCACCUGGACCACGUCUGGGCCGUCCUGGAGCAGUUUGGCCGGAGCACGCCCGUCAAGUGGAGACUGCACAGCUUCUCCCCGAAGGACGAAACCCUGAAGCAGAGCUUCCUCACGGCCAUCCUCAUGCUGGUGGGGGCUGUCAGCCGCAACGAGGGCACCCAAAGCUACGAGCUCUCCCAGGUCUCUGAGCUCUUCGAGUGUCUGAUGCUUCUGAUGGAGAAGCAGCCCCAGGACAUGCUGUGCACGUCGACUCGCCAACAGGCCAUCCACAUCAUCUCCAGCCUCUGCAAGAUGAGGCCGCCCCUGGCCUUGGAGAAGAGAUCUCGGCUUCUGUCCAUCAGCCUCCACAGCGUGUUGUCCUUGCCGCAGCUGGAAGUCCUGGAGAAACACACCUGCCUCCUUCUGGAGCCGCGCAGCACACAGCCCGGCCUGGGGAGUGUGCAGGAAGUGGGCACCACUGGCCCUGAGAGGCCAAUGCACGCAGGCCCCUCGGGAGGCCUCAGGCCUCCCUUCAUCCCACCGGGGCUUGGCCGCCACCUGAGCUGCUCCACGUCCCUGCGCAGACUCUGCAACAAGACCUCGGAGGCCCUGGACCAGAUGCUGCAGAGCUUCAUCGUGCAGAACCCCACGGCCGACGAGCUGCACUUCCUGCUGUCGAUGAGGGCGCACAUGUACGUCUGGCUGGCGUCAGAGAAGGCACACGAGCGGCAGCGGGCUAUACACAGCUGCAUGGCCCUCCUCAAAUUCCUGAGCCACAACUACCUGGACCCAAAAGAGGACUUCAGACGGAUUGGGCAGCUGGUGGGCAUGCUGGGUAUCCUGUGCCAGGACCCAGACAAGGCCACCCAGUGCUCCAGCCUGGAAGGGGUGGGCCAUCUCUACAAACUCCUGAUGCGCCACAGAGCAGGGGAAGCCUCGCAGGUGCAAGCACCGUCCCCCGAGCAGCUUUCCCAGGCCAGCGCGGAUGGAGCCCCACUCUGGAGCGGUAGGGACCAGAAGGCCGCCCCCCCCCCCCCGCAGCCCCUGGGAGAAGGCGCUCUCGAAGGACUGACCGCCUCCAUCCCGCUGCUACAGGAGAUCAUGAAGCAUCUCACGAUGGCAGAGCUGCCCAACCUCAUCUGGACGGCUGCGGACAGCCUGGGCUCCACCAGCCCCUUCCGCGGGCAGGCGGCCGCCGACACGCUGCUCACUGCCAUCCAGGAGCACGGGGCCAAGCUGCAGAGACCCCGUGCCUUCCGGCUGUGGAAGGCCCUGGGGGCCGAGCAGCUGAGCUGCCUGGUGCUGGUCGAGCUGCUGGCCUGGGCGCUGGAGCGGCCCCUACGCACCAGGACCAGUGACGGCAGCCCCCGGCCCACGGAGAAGGCCUACCUGCGCUCCAUGGCCGCCAUGAACACGCUGCAUGAGCUGCAGUUCGCCCGAGAGUUCAAGAAGGCCGUGCAGGAGGCCUACCCCAAGCUCUUCCUGGCCCUCCUCACCCAGAUGCACUACAUCUUGGAGCUGAACCUGCCCAAGGAGCCCCAGCCCGGCCAGGAGGCCCAGGAGGCAGCCGUGCCCAGUGCCCGGAGCUGCACCACGUCGCUGGGGGCACCGCAGGGCCUGCUGCCCGCCGCCGGACACUGGCAGGACUUCGCCCACCUGGAGCUGCAGGGAGCCUGGGACCUCUUCGCCGCCACCCACACCGACCCGCAGGGCGUGGGCCUCCCCGCCAGGGCCACGGUGCAGAACCGCUGCAAGCAAGUCAAGGCGCUGAAUCAGCUGCUACCCCACCUGCGGAGCCAGGAGGAGCGGGGGAGGAAGGCAGCCAUCACCAUCCUCACGGGGUUCCUCUACAGCCCUGCCCUGCUGGAGGUGCUCCCCAAACAGGCCGCCCUGACCAUGCUGGCCCGAAGCCUCAGGGACCCCAGCCCCGAGGUCCGCGUGCUGAGACUCCAGGGCCUGGGAAACAUCCUCUUCCACCCAGAGAAGGGACACCUGCUCCGUGGACUGCCGCCGCCCUUCCUCGACGGCUUCUUCCACAGCAGCGAGCCGGUGGUGGUGCGCGUCAUGGGCCCCGUGUCGGACGUGCUGCACCGCCUGGGCGCACACAGCACAGAGGCCCAGAGCCUUGGCAUCGCCAUCAACGCCCGCUCCUUCUCCGACGACGAGCGGGAUGGAAUCCGGGCAGCGGCCAUGGCACUGUCCGGGGAGCCGGUGGCGUCAAUGACAGGCAGAAAGCAAAGUGGCCUGAGAACCCAGGUGCACCAGAGCAUGGUGGCCCUGCUCCUGCACCUGAAGGACAGCUGCCGGGCCGUCGUCACGCAGGCCAAGCUCGCCUUCCACCGCGGCUCAGUGCUGCCCCGAUGGCGGCGGCGGCGCACCCUCUCCUGCACGCCGGCCUGGGAGGCGAGCCUCAGCGCCCGCCACGUCCCCCGGAGCCGCCUGAUGAGCCACAGCCAGGAGGGUCUCAGCAUCCACUUGGCACAGGCCCCCAGCUACCUGCACAGCCGCCGUCGUCACAUCAAGACCUGGGCAUGGGUGCUCUUCAUGGGUUAUACCACCUGCCACCACCCCCAGGCCGUGUCCCAGAUGGUCAAGGACAUGGACACGAAGCUGCUGUUCUGCACUUUUGAGGAUCUUAAGAAUGACCCAGAGCCCGGCAUCCAAGAACUUGCCACCAGGCAGUCCUCCUUCCUUCAGCAGAUGGCAGCCAGACCGCGGUGA